GUACACAUAUAAUCUUUUCAAAAGGCUGCAUGUCUUUAUGCAGAAAAGACACGCUUCGUGGAAACAAGGCGAAUAUCUUUUUAUCAGAAACUACAGUGAAAAAUAUCCCACAAGUUGUGAAAAAACAAAUUGGGUAUUUUUCGUCAUUUUGAUGUCUUUAAGUAGAUCUGUAUAGGAAAGAGUUUCGAUAUUCACAGUGGAAAUGGAGGAAGGAGGACUUCAAACACCACUCGUGGGUCAGGAAUUUGGAAAGCGGGUCGGUUCCUACAGCAAAGAUGAGAUCAUUUGUGAGUUUAAGAAACAGUUUUACUUAGCAGGACCAUUGAUGACAGUGAAUCUACUGAUUUGUGGGUUAUCGAUGAUUUCGGUGAUGUUUGUCGGUCAUUUGGGUGAGUUGGCUCUCUCUGGUGCUUCAAUGGCUACUUCUUUUGCAUCAGUCACUGGUACUAGUUUAAUGGUUGGAAUGGGGAGUGCUUUAGACACAUUUUGUGGACAAUCUUUUGGGGCCAAACAAUAUCAUAUGCUAGGAAUCCAUAAGCAAAGAGCCAUGAUUGUUCUAUUGUCAGCCAGCGUCCCUCUUGCUUUCAUUUGGGCAAAUGCUGGAACUUUGCUUGUUUUUCUAGGCCAAGAUCCCGAAAUCUCAGCCGAAGCAGGCCUCUAUGCAAGAUUCAUGAUCCCCACUCUGUUUGCAAUUGCGUUACUUCAAUGUCACAUUCGAUUUCUACAAUCACAAAACAAUGUGUUUCCAAUGAUGUUAAGCAGUGGGAUUACAACUAUACUUCAUAUUUUGAUUUGUUGGAUUAUGGUGUUCAAAUCUGGGCUCGGAAGUAGAGGCGCAGCGUUGGCUAAUGCAAUUUCUCUUUGGAUCAACGUGCUGUUGUUAGCAAUUUAUGUUCGAGUUUCUCCUACGUGUAAAAAGACUUGGACUGGUUUCUCAAAAGAGGCUUUUUAUAACAUUCCAACCUUUUUGAAACUCGCUGUCCCUUCUGCUGUUAUGAUCUGUUUGGACAUAUGGUCAUUUGAGAUGAUGGUGUUGCUGUCUGGUCUUCUUCCUAAUCCACAACUGGAAACCUCGGUUCUUUCUAUCAGCCUCAAUACGUGCCAAAUGAUUUACAUGAUUCCUCUUGGUCUAAGUGGUGCCACAAGUGUAAGGGUUUCAAAUGAAUUAGGAGCUGGACGGGCACACACAGCACGUUUGGCAAUACGAGUUUCAAUAUUUUCUGUAGUGACUGAAGGCAUCUUGGGUGCAUUAGUCUUGAUUUUAGGGAGAAAACUUUGGGGGUAUUGCUAUAGUAGUGAAGAAGAAGUUGUGAGUUACAUUGCACAAAUGAUGCUGCUUCUUGCAGCAUCUCAUGUUGUUGAUGGCAUUCAAGCUGUGCUUUCAGGGGCCGUUAGAGGGAGUGGACGACAAAAAAUAGGCGCAAUUCUGAACUUGGGAGCUUAUUAUUUGAUCGGGAUUCCUUUGGCGGUCUUGUUUGCUUUUGUACUUCAUUUUGGAGGGAAGGGAUUAUGGUGCGGGAUCAUUGCAGCAUUAUCAGCACAAGCGUUAUUUCUUUUUAUUUUGACUUUACGCACGAAUUGGGAGAUGGAAGCAAAGAAGGCUAAUCAGAGAGUGUAUGACUCUAUGACCCACGAUGAAGUAUCAUAGUGACAAAAAUACAAACAUUGGAAAAUUAUCUACUAUAAGACGGUCACUUACAAAAAUACAACACUAGUUUUUGUGGUUUGAGUAUGGGAGAUUUAUUAUUUUGAACAAUAUAUUAAGAAUGAAAUUUGGCUCAUGUAAAGAGUUUGUGUUAUGACU